AUGGUCUCGGGGCCGCAUAUGGUGUUACGAAACACCAACAACGCGGACACAGGGGUGUACCAUGCGUCGUUCUUGGCAUCACUAGACUGUAACGCCGAGCUGCUCCACGGGCAGACCGCCACCAGCUGUCAGCGAUUUGACGCCUACAUUUGCAUCUAUAAAGAGCGUGCUGAGUUUGACGAAUUCAACGAAGUCGACUUUGAUCGCGAACAAGUGGGUCAAACACAACGGAGACAAGGAUUCGAAGAGAUGAGACAACUGGUUCUAGCGUGUGGCUUAGUGGUAGAAGGUGUUGUCGGAUAG